GAAGCGGUGACGCGAUUCCCCGCGCAUGCGCGCAUCGGAAGGCGGAGGAGGAGGGGGGUGUUUGCUUCUGUGGUCUCUGUAGGUCACCUGAGUGCGAUGUCUGUGGAGUGAGUGACGGGGGGGCCUCGGGGGGGGCCUCUGGGGGUGGGUUGAGGAAUAAAAGGGGGGGCCGCCACGCCUAUGCAGUAAGGACCUUUGAGGGAGGGGGGAAGCAUUGGCAAUUUGGGGUGCCCUGGGGAGCCCCUUCCUCAGAAAUGGCGGGGAAGGGUGUGGGGAAACGGUUUUCCGGGGUAGGAGGAGGCGGAGGGGAGAGGGACCCCCCUGAAAAUAUGUGUUUGUGGCGGGGAGGGGGUGCAUGAAGGGGUGGGGGUUGGGAGUGUCAGGGACAUCUUCCCAUAAGGGGGUGCAAAAAGGGGUGGGGGUGCAAAAAGGAGUGGGGUGCAAAAAGGGGUGGGGUGUCAGGGAAUUCUUCCCAUAAGGGGGUGCAAAAAGGGGUGGGGGUGUCGGACAUUUUCCCAUAAGGGGGUGCAUGAAGGGGUGGGGGUGUCAGGGACAUUUUCCCAUAAGGGGGUGCAAAAAGGGGUGGGGGUGUCAGGGACAUCUUUCCAUAAGGGGGUGCAAGAAGGGGUGGGGGUGUCAGGGAAUUCUUCCCAUAAGGAGGUGCAAAAAGGAGGUAGGGGUGUCAGGGACAUUUUCCCAUAAGGGGGUCAAAAAGGGGUGGGGUGUCAGAUAAUUCUUCCCAUAAGGAGGUGCAAAAAGGGGUGGGGGUGUCGGAUAUUUUCCCAUAAGGGGGUGCAAAAAGGGGUGGGGGUGUCAGGGACAUUUUCCCAUAAGGGGGUGCAUGAAGGGGUGGGGGUGUCAGGGACAUCUUUCCAUAAGGGGGUGCAAGAAGGGGUGCGGGUGUCAGGGAAUUCUUCCCAUAAGGAGGUGCAAAAAGGAGGAAGGGGUGUCAGGGACAUUUUCCCAUUAGGGGGUGCAAAAAGGAGGAAGGGGUGUCAGGGACAUUUUCCCAUAAGGGGGUCAAAAAGGGGUGGGGUGUCAGAUAAUUCUUCCCAUAAGGAGGUGCAAAAAGGGGUGGGGGUGUCAGGGAUAUUUUCCCAUUAGGGGGUCAAAAAGGGGUGGGGGUGUCAGGGACAUUUUCCCAUAAGGGGGUCAAAAAGGAAGAAGGGGUGUCAGGGAAAUUUUCCCAUAAGGGGGUGCAAAAAGGGGUGGGGGUGUCAGGGACAUUUUCCCAUAAGGGGGUGCAAAAAGGAGGAAGGGGUGUCAGGGAAAUUUUCCCAUUAGGGGGUGCAAAAAGGGGUGGGGGUGUCAGAGACAUUUUCCCAUUAGGGGGUGCAAAAAGGAGGAAGGGGUGUCAGGGAAAUUUUCCCAUUAGGGGGUGCAAAAAGGGGUGGGGGUGUCAGGGACAUUUUCCCAUUAGGGGGUGCAAAAAGGAGGAAGGGGUGUCAGGGACAUUUUCCCAUUAGGGGGUGCAAAAAGGAGGAAGGGGUGUCAGGGACAUUUUCCCAUUAGGGGGUGCAAAAAGGAGGAAGGGGUGUCAGGGACAUCUUCCCAUAAGGGGGUGCAAAAUGGAGGAAGGGGUGUCAGGGACAUUUUCCCAUUAGGGGGUGCAAAAAGGAGGAAGGGGUGUCAGGGACAUCUUCCCAUAAGGGGGUGCAAAAUGGAGGAAGGGGUGUCAGGGACAUUUUCCCAUUAGGGGGUGCAAAAAGGGGUGGGGGUGUCAGGGACGUUUUCCCAUAAGGGGGUGCAGAAAGGGUUGAGGGGUGUCAGGGACAUUUUCCCAUAAGGGGGUGCAAAAAGGAGGAAGGGGUGUCAGGGACAUCUUCCCAUAAGGGGGUGCAAGAAGGGGUGAGGGUUGGGCUGGGGGUGUCAGGGACAUCUUCCCAUAAGGGGGUCAAAAAGGAGGUGGGGUGGGGGGUUUCAGGACAUCUUUCCAUAAGAUGACAGGGUUGCAUUGGGGCUGACCCUUGUGGGGAGGGAGGGCCCUUUGCAUCUCCCAUGCCUGUGAAUGCUCCCAAAGCUUUGCACUUUUCAGCCUUCUCUCCCCCGCUUCCUGGCCUUCGGCAGAGGCAUGUGUGGAAAAAGAAAUGGGCGUGAAAAGCCGGGUUUUUUGGUUUUUGUGUGGUGUGUUUCCUGGCUGCUGUGUGAGGAAUUUGUGGGCAAUAGGCGAGGCUUCGUCGCUUCUUCCUCCACCCCUUUAUUUUCGACACUUGUUCAAGUGUUGAUCUAGGCAGCUUUCGGGGCUUUCUGACCUAAAUGGUGCUGAUGGAAGCACCUGAAAACGCCCAGGUAUAGGUACAACAGCCUUCCCAAAUGUGGUACCCUCUAGGUAUUUUGGACCAGCCCCAGCCAGCACUGUUGGAGAAAGCUGCUCUACAAGGUUUCCUCCGUUCUGUUGAAUGAGGAGAGAUGAAAGGGUCUUUUGCGUUUUCCCUGUUCUUCCUAGUGAAAGAAAAAAGAAAAAGAGAUCGUGGUUGGCUCCUCACUGUAGUAGAGAACUAUGUCUAGAGCUAUAGCAGUUUCUGCUUGCUCUCUGCUGUGGCUUCUGUAUUCUUUGAGGGUCUGGAGUCCUUGCCUCCCCAAUUCAUAGUUCAGCUGUAUGAGAAGGAGUCAUGCCAUCCUCUUCAACUAGUUGUUAAUCACAAGCACUCGUUGCCUUCAAAACUCUAAUUAUAUCCUUUUGAUUGCAUCCUGAAAUCCCCACAUACUUCAGCCAUUGCAGUUCUUAAGUUAUUGCAGAAGUGUUGGUAGUGAUGGUGCUGUAUUAAUUGAAUUUCUAAGGGCCCAUCCACCUUAUGAUUAGAGCUUUGCAACUGCACGAAACAAAAGCUGUUAAUGGGUGCAGUUCAGCAACUUGAGAAUGCAAGCUUUUAUUAUAAAGGGAGAGGACUCUGGUGUGAAGAGAAGCCACAAAGCAGGAGCAAGGCAUAGUGAAAUAACAAGAACCAGAGGUAAUUCCGAGUGGAAUAUCAGUUGAUCGGAAUUUCCCGCUUCCUUUGCCAUAGGUUUCCUACUUUCCCGGGACUAAUAGCUAUGUAGAACAAGUAAAUAUAUCAAUUUGCAUGAAUGAUACAGAACAGAGGGAUGCAGCUUUUCUUGAGAAAGAGAUUUGUUGCUGAUAAUAUUAACAACAACAACAACUCUGGUUCCAUUUACUGUUCACAUAGCUCAUAUGCUCCUUCUUGUCGCCCCCAGGAAAAUGGAGAUUCCAGCCGUACCAACGUCCAAAUGCAUCCAUUAUUGGAAAAGGAAGGUCAAGUCAGAAUAUAUGCGCCUUAGGCAGCUCAAGAGACUGCAAGCGAACAUGGGAGCCAAGGUAAAGAGCCAUGAAGGGAAUGACUGCCUUUUUUUAAAUCUUAAAAUUAUUAACUAAGGAAAACCAGAACUCACUUAUUAACAUGUGAGAGAGCAAGGAGGUCUCCCAGUUGAUAGAAAAGAUAUGGUGACAUAUUUGAGACCGAAGGCAAGCAGGUGUCAUUACAGGCUGUUAUGUGGGAGAGAUUGCUCUCCGCUGAACCAGCAUAAAAAUUGUGUGGAUUUCAUCUUUGAAAUUCUGCCAACCUGCAUAAGAUCGUUAAUCGUUCCUUUAUCAGGGAUGCAGGCUUAACAGCAACUUCCUGCUAGCUAAGUUCAAGCAGUCUCCAUGGAGCACCUUCUUCCCCAGUGGCAAAAGGAUUUGGGCGAGGUUGGCAAUCAAGCAUCUUCUUUUUCUCUAGGCGCUGUUUGUGUCUAACUACGCAAAGGUUCAGGAGAAGAUAAACAUUCUGAACGAAGACUGGAAGAAGCUUAGAGUUCAACCUAUUCAAUCAAUGAAGCUGGUUGGGGGGCAUCCUUUUCUCAAACAGGUAUGUUGAGGAGGCAGCUGUUGGGUUCUGUGGAUGUGCCAGUCUGCCAUGUUGUGACCCUCUGUGCCUCCUCCCCUAGGAUUUGUAUCCACACACCAAGAUAUCUCUACUUUUUUGUGUUCUGCAAUGCCAUAUUAUAAAGCAGGGUUUGUGACCUUCCAGAUGUUGGCUUCCAAUCCUCAUCAACCCUGACCAUUGGCAGUGCUGACAGGAGCUGACCAACAUCUGGAGGGCCACAGGUUUCACAUCCCAGGUUUACAAUUUAUUCAUAAUGAAUCUUUUUCAAAGUGCUUUUGAAAAGCUUAAGUAGUGUGGAAUAGGCCAGCUCAUGCAAAGUAUUGUCCCAUGGAGAAUCCCAGUCUGAACUUUCAAUAAAAAAUGCUAACCUUUACAAAACCAGGGAAACAUGCAGAAAUGGGUUUGGAUAGAAUGGUUUGCUUUCAAUAGUAUAAAGGCUUUCCUGCUUAGUUGUACUCCAGUUCCUCCUGCUGGCUAGUUGCAGUCCGUUCUGCUCAGCUGUACCCAGUGAUGAUGCGAAAGGAAGUUACCACAGUCUCUUCGAGACCUAGAGGAUGAAAAGAUGAAUAUUGUUUUUAGAAUGCUGUUACCUCCUGCCAUGUGCCCCUCAUUCCUUGCCAUUGUUCCAUUUUGUGUACAGAUUUCUGUUAGAGAAUAGAGGAUGUUGAACAAAACAACAGAUGUCGAGAAUUUCUGUUCAGCCUGCGUUGUUCUCUUGUCCCUUCUUGCUAGAGACUUGCCUUUCUAGGACAGAGAUAGUGAGACUGUGCUUGUGAGUUGAGCAGGUUUAAUAUGAGUGAGGGCUUCUCCCCAGAAUCAUGUCUUGAUGCCCUUCCAAGGAAUACAAAUAGGUGCACCUGGUCAUAUUGAAGGGGCCUUGUUUUGGUCUCUGCAUAGACACAACCAACUCUUGUACCACUGUUAUGGCUUGGCAGCAGACAAGAUCAAGCCCAUUUUAAUACAGCAGCACAAUUCCAGGUCACAGCCCACCCUAGAUUCCCAUCUGAAUGGAAUUAUCUUACAGUGGUGCCCCGCAAGACGAAUGCCUCGCAAGACGGAAAACCCGCUAGACGAAAGGGUUUUCCGUUUUGGAGGUGCUUCGCAAAACGAAUUUCCUAUGUGCUUGCUUCGCAAGACGAAAAUGUCUUGCGAGUUCCUGCGGGGUUUUUUUUCCUUUCCCCCCCCCUUUUUCCCAAGCCGCUAAAACGCUUAACAGCUGAUGCUAAGCCGCUUAUCAGCUGAUCUUUAAGCCGCUUAACAGCUGAUGCUAAGCCGCUUAUCAGCUGAUCUUUAAGCCGCUUAACAGCUGAUGCUAAGCCGCUUAUCAGCUGAUCGUUAGCCGCUUAUCAGCUGAUCUUUAGCCGCUUAUCAGCUGAUCGUUAAGCCGCUUAUCAGCUGAUCUUUAAGCCGGCUAAGCCGCUAAUACUGUAGCGCUAAGCCGCUAAACCUCUAAUGGGCUUGCUUCGCAAGACGAAAAAACCCGCAAGACGAAGAGACUCGCGGAACGGAUUCUUUUCGUCUUGCGAGGCACCACUGUAAUUUGUUGCCUGAUUGAACGCAGAGGAAUCAUCAGCAGGGUCUUAUAGGUCAAAAGAGAAGCAGCAGCGGAGCCACACACAAUGACUACAGUACAGUAUGUUGGUGUUUUUCAAUGUUCUGGGAGAUGGGCCUUGGCAUUUAAGAACCAGCACCUUCAAUUGGGUUGAGCAACCACUGAGAGUCGGUGGAGCUGAGGUUGCCUUGGCAUUGGAUGACUGAAUAAAUUGCUACCUGUCAGCUGUGUAACAUUUUUUUCUCACCACUCCAGUGCACAGUCGAGAGCAUUUUCCCCAGUCUGACCACCCAGACCUUGUUCAUGCGGACUCUGAACACUGUGGCUUUGGUGCCUAUCAUGUAUUCCUGGUCCCCACUUCAGCAGAAUUUCAUGGUAGGUGACCAGCUGCUACCAUAUAUACAGAAUCCCUUGCUGCAAAUAACAGUUUUGCGUGAGAACUUCUUACUUUGAGCAAAUGUUCCUGACUCAGGCUUUAGUGUCUGGUUGGGGAAAUGGAACUGCUUUGCAUAUUGCCCGGCUAUAUUGUGGGGGUGCUGCAAAGGGUGGUAUAUCUCUCACAUUCUGCCCCAUGUGGGACUGAGGAGGUCCAGCGUGAUUUGCAGAAUAAAAAAAAAAGUCCCACUAAUGGUCUGCCAGUAGAAGCUUGAGUUCCACUGGAUUAUUGUAACUCGCUCUACGUGGGGCUGCCCUUGAGACUGACCCAGAAACUCCAGCGGGUGCAGAAUGCCGCGGCGAGACUCCUUACGGGGUCCUCGCUGCGGGAUCACAUUCAGCCGGUGCUAUACCAGCUGCACUGGCUCCCGGUGGAGUACAGGAUCAGGUUUAAGGUGCUGGUUUUAACCUUUAAAGCCCUAUACGGCCUAGGACCCUCGUACCUACGGGACCGCCUCUCCUGGUAUGUCCCACGGAGGACCUUACGGUCUUCAAACAAAAACAUCUUGGAGGUCCUGGGCCACAGGGAGGUUAGGCUGGCCUCAACCAGAGCCAGGGGCUUUUUUGGCUGUGGCCCCGAUCUGGUGGAACGCUCUGUCACCAGAGACUAGGGCCCUGCGGGACUUGACAUUUUUCCGCAGGGCCUGCAAGACAGAGCUGUUCCACCAGGCCUUUGGCCAGGGCACAGUCUGACCCCCUCCUUUGGCAUUCCUCACAGAACUCUAGCCCAAUGGUUGCCAUUAAUUUGAUUUGAACUGAUUUUAUAAUGAAAUGAUUUUAGAAUGUUGUAUCAUUUUAAUGUUGUUAGCCGCUCUGAGCCCGGCUUCGGCUGGGGAGGGCGGGAUAUAAAUUAUUAUUAUUAUUAUUAUUAUUAUUAUUAUUAUUCCAAAGUGAGGCUGUUUCCCUGCCCACCUACAGAGAGGAUCAGAGUGAGAAGAGAUAGAUAAGGCAUGCUAGCAGAGGUACCUGUCUUCAGAUUCCCACAUUAUAAGGAACUUUUCGCAAAAACCCAGGUGCAGAGGCAGCAGGAAACAAUCCAUCCCAGCUGUUCCAUUCCAGUUGUUGAGCCCCCUCCAUUCGUUCCCCCUGUUGCCUUCUUGCAUCUGGGUUGAGAUGGUAAGGUUAUAAAAUGCCCACCACUCAUCAUCUAGCUGCACCUCUCAAGGCUGUCUCUUCUCUUUGCCUGAUAGCCAGAAGAGUGAGUUGUGCACCUUGCAAUGGUUGAGUGUGUGCUGGUGUAUGGAGAAGUACUUUGUCUAGCUGUCUCCCCACCUCAAAACUAUUUAAUCCAGGAGACCAACAAAUAAUUAGGGAGCAGAAAUUCUGAAAAUGCCCUGCUGCUUCCAAGUGGGUAGGAUCAGAACCGUGUGCGCCACAUCCUACAGCAGUGUUUCCCAAACUUGGGUCUCCAGCUGUUUCUGGACUACAGUCCCCAUCAUCCCUGACCGCUGGUCCAGUUAGCGAGGGAUGAUGGGAGUUGUAGUCCAAAAACAGCUGAGGACCUAAGUUUGGGAAACCCUGUUCUACAGGAAAGGAUAAAUCUCUAGCAGGUGUGCAUGGCCUUGCCAUCAGAGGGUGGCAGAGGGGAAUACUGCAUUCAGGAUCCCCUCUCCCACUGAUGAAGGAAGAUCUGCUCUCUGGUGCUAAGAGAGGGGCUAUGCAGCGAGACCACCAAAUACCCCUCUGGGAUCUCGUUAAGGUAGCCGUGCAAUCUGCCAUUUGCAGGCGCUCCUGGUGAGUGGACAAGGGACAACCACCUGCUGUGUCUACUCCGUUUGCAGGUGGAGGAUGAAACCGUUCUGUGCAACAUCCCCUACAUGGGGGACGAGGUGAAAGAGGAGGAUGAAACCUUCAUUGAGGAGCUCAUUAACAACUAUGACGGCAAAGUCCACGGAGAGGAAGGUAAUGAGGGCAAUAGUUUUCAACAGGGAUGUAAGAGGCCAUGUGGUGGUGGCUGGUGGGCAGGAGGGGAGAUUCCUUGAGUUCUUAGCAUUUCAAUUUUGGAAGAGUCUAUCACCCUUACGGACACUACUCUGCUUGCACGUACAGUGGUACCUCUGGUUGCGAACGGGAUCCGUUCCAGAGGCCCGUAAGCAACAUGAAAAGAGCGCAACCCGCAGCGGUGCGUCUGCGCAUGCGCGGGUCACGGUUCGCCACUUCUGCGCAUGACACCAUUUUGCACAUCUGCGCAUGCGCAAGUGGCGAAACCUGGAAGUAACCCUUUCCAGUACUUCUGGGUCUCCGCAGGACGUAACCUGAAAGAACGUAACAUGAAACGGACGUAACCGGAGGUACCACUGUACUGGAUUUGUGUGUCAUCGUCGACAUUAUCAUCGUCGUUGUGAUGACAGAGAAGCUGCAUCUUUUCCACGCUUGAGUAUAUGCCAUCCCACCUUUCGCCUGAUUCUCCCAUCCAGAAAUGCUCUCGACCUCCGUCCUGAUCAGCGAUGCUGUGUUCCUGGAGCUAGUGGAUGCGCUCAAUCAGUACUCUGAGGAGGAAGAGGAAGGCCACGAUGCUGCGGAAGGCAAACAGGAAGUGGCGAAGGACGAGCUGCCUGUCACCCGGAAGAGGAAGUGGCUUUCCAUGGAAGGUAAACCAGUUACCCUCCCAGUAUCACCCUCCCCCCCUCCUAUUACGGCGCACCAUGAUGCUGUCAGAACCAUAAGGGCCUUGCUUGUUAUACGGAUCGGAGUCCAUUUCUGCUAAAAUUCACAGCUCUUGUAUCACCCCGGAAAUGAUGUCACCUUAUGGAAGCCACCCCACGCAAGUUUCGCUAAAUUUGCUAGCAUUUUUUGUCACUAGCAAGGCUGCUGCUAUUGAUCUGAGAAGGAGCAGGUUAAGGGCUGCUGCAAACACUCCACAAUUCGUAUGCGGAAGUUCCUUUUCUUAUAAGAACUAAAUUUCAACUUACAUGCAGAUCAAGGCCGUAAGGUGUGUAUUUUGCUGCAUGGGAAGCAUUGAAUGGCUACCUGCACACUAUGUACAAUAAUUCCAUGUAACCUGUUAGCUUUGUAGAAUAAAAUUGUGGGAUUCCUCUAUCUUACACUUGGCGUAUUAUCUAAUGCUUGUAUGAGCAUCUGCUUUACUUUUAUAGGGUUUUUUCUAACUCUGCUCUGGGCCAUUCCUAUCUUGGAAGACUCUUUCCAGGAGGGGAAUAAAGUCCUUUAAUUCAGAAAUCACCCCCCUUCCCUCCUUCCCUGUGAUGCAGGCAACAAGAAAUGUCUGAAGAAGCACUUUCCAAACGACAUGAUCUUCACUGCUCUUUCGUCAAUGUUCCCAGAGAACGGCUUUCCAGAUGAUAUGAAGGAGAGGUAGCCGUUUUUUAUUCUUGACACAGUCUUUUGGCAUUUCUAGUCAUGGGUUAUAAGAGUAGGCGGAGUUAUAAAUUCCCAGGAUCAGUAACUGGAAUACAGUGGUGCCUCGCAAGACGAAAUUAAUUCGUUCCGCGAGUUUUUUCGUCUUGCGGUUUUUUUCGUCUUGCGAAGCACGGUGUCGGAAAAGCUUUGGAAAAGCUUCAAAAAUCACCAAAGUCCUCAAAAACCUCAAAAAAGGCUACCACAUCGCGUGCUAUGAGUUGCUCCUCGAAGUCAAGUUGCAACUGUAUUAACGGUUUUAAGAAAAAGGAAACAAACUUGCAAGACGUUUCUGUCUUGUGAAGCAAGCCCAUAGGGAAAAUCGUCUUGCGAAGCAACUCAAAAAACCAAAAACCCUUUCGUUUUGCGAGUUUUCCGUCUUGCGAGGCAUUCGUCUUGCGAGGUACCACUGUACAUGGUUUGCACUGCUUAACUUGUGAGUUUCACCCAUUGCUUUGCAGUGUAGGUAAAAGGUACCCCUGCCCGUACGGGCCAGUCGUGUCCGACUCUAGGGUUGUGCGCCCACCUCACUUAAGAGGCCGGGGGCCAGCACCGUCCGGAGAAACUUCCGGGUCACGUGGCCAGCGUGACGAAGCUGCUCUGGCGAGCUGGCACCAGCGCAGCACACGGAAAUGCCGUUUACCUUCCUGCCGGAGUGGUACCUAUUUAUCUACUUGCACUUUGGGGUGCUUUCGAACUGCUAGGUGGGCAGGAGCUGGGACCGAAAGACGGGAGCUCACCCCGCCGCGGGGAUUCGAACCGCCGACCAUACGAUCGGCAAGUCCUAGGCACUGAGGUUUUACCCACAGCGCCACCCGCGUCCCUUUGCAGUGUAGGUAGAGAUGCUCAAUUUAAACCAAGGUUUUCCCCUUAAUUACUACAUGGAAAUGAUCCUGCUGUGUGUGUGCUGCCUUAUUUUGGCCUCCCGCCACUGCAGUGUGAGACUCCGCUUGCUUGUCCAAUGAACCUUUGAGCAAGAUGCUCUGUAGGCCUAUGCCCUGCCAUGGACUUGGCUUCCUGCGUGCUAAGGUCUGGACCAGGUGGGCUGAUCUUUGGGCACUGGGCAGCGGAUGAAUGUGGUUCAUAAAAGGAGCUGGAUUAGUCGUCUUCUUGGCUCUGCCCUGCACUGACUCUGUGAUCCCAGAAUCUGCAGCAUAAUGAAGAUUGUCCAGAUGUCUGGAGCUCUCUUGAAGGUGUCCGGUUGUAUUCCUGGGCAUAGUGCUUUGUGCUUGAGUAACACCAAAAGCGGCAGGUGUUUUCAAGUCCGUCACCGAUGCAAACUGUCCGUCCACCCAGCUGGCUCCGAGCAGUCCUAUCAUUUGGAGCACCUUAUUGAGUGCCUUCGAGUGACUUUUCUAUCCACCCCACUCCCUCCACAGAUACAGAGAACUGACCAAAGAGUCUGACCCGAAUGUGCUCCCUCCCCAAUGCACGCCAAACAUCGAUGGACCGUGUGCCAAAUCUGUUCAGCGUGAGCAGGCCCUGCACUCUUUCCACACUCUCUUCUGCAGGCGCUGCUUCAAGUAUGACUGUUUCCUCCAUCGUAAGUUUCCGACACAAUCCCCGCCUCUCUCACCCCUGCCUUUUCUGUUCCGGCUUUCAAAUUCAGGGGGAAGCAGUGGCUAUUCCAAAGCAGUUGCAUCCAAGUAUUGGAGGUGUCCCAGAUGACAUGGGAAAUGUUCCCUAAAGAUCUUAGCCAAUCUUGUCUUGCCAGGUUCCUAGCAGGAUCCAACUGCUCCUCUGUAAAUGUAUCCAUACCCACCAUUUGGAAUGUGCCUCUGCAAAAAGUUGCCCUAGAGAAAUUCCCUGCCUGCCUGCUUAUCCAUUCACCCACCUGCCUACCCCAGAGUGGUUUAACAAAAUCUGUAAAACGCAUGUCGUGAUUACAAACCAUAAUUCAUUUGCAGGUGAACAUUUCAGUUAAAAUUCCUAUUGGUUAGCUCUGCGUUUCCCAAACUUGGGUCUCCAUCUGUUUUUUGGUUUUUUUGGACUACAGUUCCCAUCGUCCCUGACCACUGGUCCUGCUAGCUAGGGAUGAUGGGAGUUGUAGUCCAAAAAAACAGCUGGAGACACAAGUUUGGGAAACCCUGGGUUAGCUCUUGCAAUACUAGUGGUAACCUCAGCCAGCCAGGCUCAAUUGGGAUUAUUCAUCCAUAAUGAAACAUCGCAAGAUUAAUUAGCAGCAUGUGAAAGACACGAGCAAUUCCUCAAGUUCUUUGGGAGGAUAGAUUUUCUUUCUUAAAUGCCCCCUAAUCCGCCCCACUCUUGCAUUCUUAACGCUGGUGUGCUGGAUAUGGGUGGGGUUAUUACCAAGUUCUCUCAAACUUGUAAUAGUAACUUUUAUUAUUUAGUGCUGGGCUUGGGGUGCUGUCACAGGAAGGGGGAGGGUGGACUUCUGAUGAGGAUCAGAGCGACAGGUGAUCUUGUCAGCUUCUCAUUGUAACCCAGACAAAAUGACUUCUGUCUUCUAGCUUUUCACGCUACUCCCAACGUUUACAAGAGGAAGAACAGAGAAACCAAAAUUGAAAUGGAGCCUUGCGGGCCAGAGUGCUUCCUGUGGUUGGUAUGUUGGGUAGAGGUUACGUUAGGGUGCGAGAGAGAUGUACACUUAGGAAGAAGAUAUUCUGUUCAGAACACUUAGAAGUGAAGAAUUGAGGGUGGUAUAUGUUGGAGCAAAGGGACGCGGGUGGCGCUGUGGGUUAAACCACAAAGCCUAGGACUCGCUGAUCAGAAGGUCAGCGGUUCGAAUCCCUGUGACGGGGUGAGCUCCCAUUGCUCGGUCCCUGCUCCUGCCAACCUAGCAGUUCGAAAGCACGUCAAAGUGCAAGUAGAUAACUAGGUACCACUCCGGCGGGAAGGUAAACAGUGUUUCCGUGCGCUGCUCUGGUUCACCAGAAGCGGCUUAGUCAUGCUGGCUACAUGACCCGGAAGCUGUACGCCGGCUCCCUCGGCCAAUAAACGAGAUGAGUGCUGCAACCCCAGAGUCCGUCACGACUGGACCUAAUGGUCAGGGUUCCCUUUACCUUUACCUUUAUGUUGGAGCAAAAAAAAAGAGUGUGGAAUUCUUUAGCACCUUUUAAGGCUAGCACAUUUAUUGGACUGCAAUCCACUCAUUAGAGUUAGCACUAUUCGUUCUCUCUGUCUUAUGCACACACACAUUGACAGAGAGAGACAAAUGAUAGUCUGUGAGAAUUUCUGUGUAAACCUUGAAUGUAUACAAGAUAAGUGUAGCAGCCAUUCACAGCAGCAACAAGUGACGAUAACACAGUCAUCCUUGGUUUGUUGUGCUGGUUAACACCUGUAAGUGGGAAAUGAAACUGUUGCCUCCAUUCUGACCUGAAUGAAUAGGAUCAAAUUUCCUGAUCAGUUCCAAGUACCGUAAUUUUCGCCCUAUAGGACGCACUUUUUCCCCUCCAAAAAUGAAGGGGAAAUGUGUGUGCGUCCUAUGGGGCGAAUGCAGGGUUUCGCUGAAGCCUGGAGAGCGAGAGGCGUCGGUGCGCACUGACCCCUCUCGCUCUCCAGGCUUCAGGAAGGUGUCCGCAAGCCUUGCGCGCCCGGGGGAACUCCCCCCGGGCCCACAAGGCUUGCAGACGGCAGCCUGCAGCGCGGAGCAUGGGGCGCCCUCCAGAGGACGCCCCGUGCUUCGCGCAGGUGUCCGCAAGCCUUGCGCGCCCGGCGGGAGUUCCCACGGGCUCGCAAGGCUUGCGGGCGGCAGCCUGUUCUGGGGGCUGGGGUCAGGGGAAGCUCGGGCUUCCCCAGCCCCGUGGCUGGGGGGGAAAUAAAUUUUUUUUUAUUCAUCCCCCCCCCCAAAUGAGGUGCGUCCUAUGGGCCAGUGCGCCUUAUAGGGCGAAAAAUACGGUAAGUAACUGCAUGCCAGAGUCUCCCUUAUUCUUUUGUUGAAGAAUGGCAACUCGUAAGGCCAGCACCAGAAUGUCUUGGGAGAGUGUUAAGUUCUCCAGCUGGUUUCCGAAUGUUUGUUUUAUUUAUUUAAAAGCUCUGUUCUUUAGCUACAAAAGGCUCACAAUGUGGCUUAAACAAAUCACUAGUAAGCAAGCCCUUUUUAUGUCAGACUGGCAUCCUUUUAUUAUUUUACUUUGAGAAUGACCUGUUUGUUCUGUGUGUAGAAUAUAGACGCAUUAGGUAAAGGGACCCCUGACCAUUAGGUCCAGUUGUGGCCAACUCUGGGGUUGUGGCACUCAUCUCGCUUUAUUGGCCAAGGGAGCCGGCGUACAGCUUCUGGGUCAUGUGGCCAGCAUGAUUAAGCCGCUUCUGGCAAACCAGAGCAGCGCAUGGAAAUGCCGUUUACCUUCCCGCCGGAGCAGUACCUAUUUAUCUACUUGCACUUUGACGUGCUUUCAAACUGCUAGGUUGGCAGGAGCAGGGACCGAGCAACGGAAGCUCACCCCGUCGCUGGGAUUCGAACCGCCGACCUUCUGAUCAGCAAGUCCUAGGCUCUGUGGUUUAACCCACAGUGCAACCCGCGUCCCAAUAGACGCAUUACUGGCAAAUAAUUGGUAAUGGAAGAACAUUUCAAAUUCCCCACCCCAGCUCUCCGAUACUGACCUGAAACUCACCGUUCUUCUUCAACAACAGAAACUUCAAAGGCAGGUGCUAGCCCGGUCCUGCUAGCAAGGGAUGAUGGGAGUUGUAGUCCAACAACAGCUGGGGGACCAAAUUUGAGAUACGCAGCACUAGGGAAUCCCCAUGUCUCUGUGUGGACUCUUCUAAUGAAGAUUUGCUUAUAGGAGGGAGCCAAGGAGUUUGCUGUGUUGCACAACCCGCGCUCCAAGUGCUCUGGACGACGUCGCCGCAGGCAUCUCACACUCAAUAACACUUCCAGCGCUUCCGCCUCCACGAGCAACGAAGCGAAAGAAGGCGAUAGCGACCGAGACACGGGCAAUGACUGGGCCUCCAGUUCCUCUGGUACUUGACAGAUCCUCUCAUUGCCCUAUGGGAAGGGUGUGUGUGUGUGUGCAGGAGUUGCAGGAAUCGUGGCCGCCAGCAGUUCCUGCUGAGCAAGAUUUUCCUGUUCUUGUUGGGGUUGCUGGUUAAACAGAUAUAAGGAGACGCACAGCCUGCUGUUUUCAAGGCAGAGUCCCUCCAGAAUUUACCGUAUUUUUCGCUCCAUAAGAUGCACCUGACCAUAAGAUGCACCUAGUUUUUAGAGGGGGACUGCAAGGGAAAAAAGAUUCUUUAAAGGGAGCGCAGAGCAGAGCCUAUAUGCAUCCCAGGCUCUGCUCAGCGCUCCCUUUCAUGAGCCGCCUGGAGCGUGUGUGCGGCUCUUGGGGGCUGUCAGGGAACUGCCAUCAGUGCCGGAGGGAGGGAGAGAGCUCCAGAGGGAUCCCAGAGAGCGUCACGGGAUUGGGAGAGGCAGCCCAUCUUCUGGGGAAGGGAAUCAGCUCAGCUCCAGUGGAGAAGGGGGGCAGAUGGGGGAAUCUGAGAGGGAGUCACAUGACUCCUUGCCUGGGACCAGUGGGGGGAGGAAGGGUCCUCCGCUGCCUACGCCUUCCUUGCGCAGAAAGCUUCCGCGCAGGGAAAGUAGGAGGCGACUGGGCGUGAAAGAACUUCUAUGCUGGAAGAAGUUUAAGAAACGGCCACUGACGGAUUCUGCCAGCGAUUGAGACAGCCACGCGUGAGUGGCUGUCCAGACAGAAAAGGUUCACUUACGCAACCCAGCCAGGUGUGGGCACCGGCUUAUGCACGAGCAACCCCUUGAACCAUUACAGGGGCUUUUUCCCUUAGGAGGGAGAAGGGCAGCCUGUCAGCUCGUGAAAGGGAGCGCGGCUCUUGGGGGCUUUUCUGGGAGGUGGGGAAAGGGCCAUGUGCUCUGUCCCUUCCCCCACCUCCCGCAAGAGCCGCAUGCUAAGCCAGAACAGCUAGUGGGAUCGCUGUGCAGCUGGCUGUCCUGGCUUAUGGGAUAGCCAUGUGCAGCCUCUCCCACGCAGCGGGAUGAAGGCUCCCCCAAGAGCUGCGCUCCCUUUAAAGAGCUGCCUGGAGCGUGUGUGCGGCUCUUCGGGGCUUUUCCCCGAGGAGGGAGAAGGGCAGCCCAUCAGUCCCUUGAUCACGCGGCUCUUUAAAGGGAGUGCUGAGCAGAGCCUCCCGCCUGCAUUCGCUCCAUAAGACACACACACACUUCCCCUUUCUUUUUAGGAGGGGGAAAGUGCAUCUUAUAGAGUGAAAAAUACAGUACUUCCAAACAGAGCUUAAUCCCAGAACCUGCUUUCUGCGUCCAGGUUCAAGCCUGGAGUGGGGUUAGAGAUAAAAGCAUCUGAUAAAGGCCUACCUUUUUUUUUUUGAGGAUUGUCCCGCGGCAAAAGGGACCAGUAGCUCCCUUGCAGCUUGCUUUGUUAGGCGGAUUCUCUUCCAACCUUUUGUGUUUGUUCUCAUGUUGCUCUAGAGGCAAACUCACGUUGCCAGACCCCAACUAAGCCGAAGCUGAGCCCUGCCUCUUCGCAGCCCUUCGUGGCUGACAUGCCGCUGGAGCCUGUCGAGUGGACCGGAGCCGAGGAGUCCCUCUUCCGCGUCUUCCACGGGACUUACUUCAACAACUUCUGCUCAAUCUCUCGGCUCCUGGGAACCAAGACCUGCAAGCAGGUAUGGUGGACCUCUGGGUGGCUGGGAAGAGCAGACCGGCAGCAGAACCAGGAAUCGCAUGUGCAAAGUUCCUGACAUUGAGAGUCCUUUGAACGAGCUGCAUUUCUCUCCUGGCAGGUCUUUCAGUUUGCAGUAAAGGAGUCCUUGAUCAUGAAGCUGCCCAUGAAUGAGCUUUUGAAUCCCUCCCAGAAGAAGAAGAGGAAGCACAGGUGUGUGGCCAGGACAGCCUGUCCAGUAGGAGGCUCACGAGGAAGUCCCACGUAAAAAUAGCUCCAUUGGGCUACAGAAUAUAGUUGCCCCUUUAUGAAGCCUAUGGCGGGGCAGGGAUUGCCCAGGACAAAUGAAUCCCUAGCUGUUGUUUCUGCUUUUCCACACAUAUUGAGGAAAGGGGUCAAAGAUCUAAGAUGUGGCUGCUUCAUGCCCACACCCCUCUCUGAGUGUUGUUUGGCUGGAAAGCCCCCUCCCGCCCAUAUUGCUGUUCCCCCAGCUCCCAGUUCCUCGGGGAAGGAUGUGUCAGGGAAGAUCAGGAUAGAAGCUACUGAGCCUUGGGGAUUCAGCAUGGUGUGUCAUCAGGAUUAAAACUGGGCGUGGCGAUCACACAGGGCCCCUGGACGUUUCACCGUCUAUUGAUCCCUGUGCCACCACUUUAUUUCCCGCUGCCACCACCCAGGCCCUACCUGGUACAAUACUGAGUCCAGUUAAAUUGGAACAUAAACUUUUGUUUAUUUGUUGCAGUUUAACAAGCGCGUGGUUUCAUAAACGGUAGCAGUCAAUUACAUUCAUUGGGUGCCUAUCCAGACCUAUAACUUCCGCUACCUGCUCUCACUCACUAAACCAACUCUCCUAUAUUUACUUGUCUGCCUAGCCCCUAACUGUUCCUGACUCAGCCUAUUUUGUUACACUAACUCAACCUACUCACAAACUCUAUCCCAAUUCACUCCCACUCCAACCAACCACCCAACUCCCAACGAACACCACCCUUUGCCCCUCCCAGAGCUGGUUUUAUAGUCCCUCUGGCUCCACCCCCUGGGUUCUGAUAGGGUAACCUGUUUAACUAUUUCACGUCCAGCACUUUCAUAUGGUAACGUCACACUGGGGCAUUCUUUUCUCUCUCCUCUCUCCCCCUGCCCCUGUCUCCAACAAAGGCUCUGGGCUGCUCACUGUCGGAAGAUCCAACUUAAAAAAGGUACUGUGCGUUCUCCCCCAACAAUGUCCCCGUGUGAUUUUCUGCCCAACUGGAAAUUUGGGGGGGGGGGGUCCAGAAUGUCAACAGGCACCCGGUUUUGCUAUGCCUGUCGUCUUUCCUGUUUGAAUCUCAAACAGAAUCCCCUUGUCGCUUCCCCUAAGGCAGUGCCAUUCAAGUCAGAGCAUGUAUUCCCUCAUUGCCCUUCGUGCUAUUUAAAGAAAAGCCCUUAACGGGGAAGUUAUGGUUGCCAAGGUCUCCCGCCCUGACCUGGCCACAGUGAUCCAUGCGACGGUCAUCUCCAGGCUUGACUACUGUAAUUCGCUCUACGCGGGGCUGCCCUUGAAGCUGUCCCAGAAACUCCAGCGGGUGCAGAAUGCUGCAGCAAGGCUCCUCACGGGGUCUCUGCCAUGGGAGCAUAUUCACCCAGUGCUUUUCCAGCUGCACUAGCUCCUGGUGGAGUACAGGAUCAGAUUUAAGGUGCUGCUUUUGACCUUUAAAGCCCUUCAUGGCCUAGGACCCUCGUACCUACGGGACCGCCUCUCCCGGUAUGCAGCACGGAGAGCCUCAAGGUCCAUAAAUAGCAACACCCUAGUGGUCCUGGGCCCUAAGGAAGUUAGAUUGGCUUCAACCAGAGCCAGGGCCUUUUCAACUCUGGCUCCGGCCUGGUGGAACGCUCUGCCUCACGAGACCAGGGCCCUGCAGGAUCUGAUUUCUUUCUGCAGGGCCUGUAAGACAGAGUUGUUCCGCCUGGCCUUUGGCUUGGAGCCAAUUUGAUUCCCUCCCUCCCUCUCUUUCUUUUUUCUUUUCCUUCUCCCUCUGCGAUGAGGCUACAUUUUAAUAUUUUAAUGUUUCAAUAUUUUAAUGUUGUAUUUUUUAAUUUUGUUUUUAAGUUGUGAUCAUUUAACUUGUUUUUAUUAUUGCUUGUAAGCCACUCUGAGCCCGGCCUUGGCUGGGGAGGGCGGGGUAUAAAUAAAAAUUAUUAUUAUUAUUAUUAUUAUUAAAGCGUAGCCUCUUGUCGUUCAAGCCCUAUUCUAGCGCUAGGUGAAGCUGAGCGUGGCCCUCUGCGUGUGGGGCACACUGUCCGUUGGGGGUCUCCUGUCUGUCUGACCCUCAAACUUCCACGGGGCUCAGCUCACAGCUUCCCCCUCUUUCUCUUUGUGCAGACAGCUCCUCCACUCAGGUGUACAACUACCAGCCCUGCGACCACCCGGACCACCCUUGCGACAGCUCCUGCCCGUGCAUCGUGACCCAGAAUUUCUGCGAGAAGUUUUGCCAGUGCAAUCCCGACUGUAAGGGGCGAGGCACUAGGCCGGGCUUGAAAAUCCUGGCGCGUGGCGUUCCAGGAAGAGUGGGCAGGCACUCGGCCUCACGUGGGUUUGUUUUCCGUCUUUCUCGUGGCGCGUGAGUCCCUUUGAAAUGUGUCUCUGUUGUUUCCUCCCGCAAGGCCAGAACCGUUUCCCAGGCUGCCGGUGCAAAACGCAGUGCAACACCAAGCAGUGCCCGUGCUACCUGGCGGUCCGAGAGUGUGACCCGGACCUCUGCCUGACCUGCGGCGCUUCGGAGCACUGGGAAUCGAAGGUGGUCUCCUGCAAGAACUGCAGCAUCCAGCGGGGUCUUAAGAAGGUAUAUCUCUGUUCAGAGAGUGGGGAGGAGAGAGAAGGUUAGUCGAGAUUGCAUGCUGUGGGUUGGUGUGGAUAUUUGAUGUGGAUAUUUGAAUUUGCUGUGGAAGGGGUGGGGGCGGAACGGGGAAAGCCUGCAUAGGAAUUCUGUGCAACUGAUGUAUUUUGCAUAACUCCUUUUGCUUCUGCUAGCCAUCGGGAGGAGCAAGAAGUAAUGACCAAUGCUCAACCCCAAGUAUUUCUCAUUAUUUCUCGCUCCUCCCCAUCGCUAGCGGAAGCAAACUGAGCUACGCAAAAUAGAUCAGUUGCACAGACUGAUGUGUUUUGCGUAACUCGUUUGCUUCCGCUAGCCAUGGGGAGGAGCAAGCGGAAGCAAGCAGACCACUGUAAACACUUCAACUCUUUGGCAGGUCUUAAAUAGCUCUUGUAAUGUUACAUAGACUUUGGAUACGAUGGAGGAAUGGACAAAAAGGAGGAUUUAUAAUAAUGCAGUUGAAAAAGUUAACUACAGAACCCACAGAAGGGAGGAGGGAAGUGUUGAGAUUCGGAGGAAUCUUGUGUAAUUAUUAUUUGCGGUUUUGAGCGUGAAUGAAUUUGUAAAAACCAAAUAAAAACCACUUAAAAACAAAGAAGAGAAAUGCUCAACCCCAAUGCCAUUCUUUAAUGGGAAUGCUAAGUAAGUUUCACAGCUUCGACAAGCAACACUGGGCUUAUUUCCGCAGCCGUAAGGGCCAAGCAGCUUGCUUUUCCGAAGGGGAUCCUCUGAGCAUUGCUGCUCUAGGUGCACAGCACCAACAGAUUGGGAGCUUUGUGUUAGAGCAGGCUUCCUCAACCCCGGCCCUCCAGAUGUUUUGAGACUACAGUUCCCAUCCUCCCUGACCACUGGUCCGGCUAGCUAGGGAUGAUGGGAGUUGUAGUCCCAAACAUCUGGAGGGCCGAGGUUGAGGAAGCCUGCGUUAGAGCAUCAACGGAUUGGGGGUCUUUGAAGGACAGGCAUCUUCCAGAACGGAUGUGGGUAGUGGAUAACGGAUGUGUUGAAGCGGGCCUGGAGUACCUAUUUGGUCCCUCCCAGCCCUCUGAGUCCCUGGGUCAGUGUGGCCUGCCGCCACUUUCCCAGGGACCCGGCAGGGCAGGCUGAGGCACCUUCCAUCUCUCCUCCUCUUAGCACCUGCUGCUCGCCCCAUCGGAUGUUGCCGGGUGGGGAACCUUCAUCAAGGAGGCGGUGCAGAAGAAUGAAUUUAUCUCUGAGUACUGCGGGGAGGUGAGUUGGGAGGCAGGAUGUGGCAUGGGAGCUCCAAAUUCCUCUCUGGCGCGGCCUUCCUAUGCUCUGUUGGUGGUGGAGGGGGUGGGGCAGCAAGUCAAAGAUUUCUUGGCAUCCCACCUCCAUGAUCUCGUAAGGCGGGAAAGGGACUUCGUGGAGGAAGCGCAGCUUUCUUUGGUCAGGUCUGGCGUUGGAUGGGAAACCUGUGCAAUUGUCAAAUCCUUCCCCAAAGUGCGUUUUGCGGCUAGCUCUGGUUUUGCCGUCCCCCCAUAGCCCAAAGGCUAAGAUGAGGCAGCUGGAAAUUGCCUACCGUUGGAUUUUGGGGGCGCUUCCGGGGUCAGCAGUCCUUCUAAGUAAUGGCACCUGGGGCUUGAAGAUCCAGGCAGACAGCCUCUGCGUUUGUGAUCAUUUGUGGCCAGCUGACUUGGGAUGUGGUUGGGGGAAAAUUUCCCGGCAGUCAUGAUGCUAUUCUCUCAAACGCUUAGGGGAGGGGGGAUAUUGUAACGCAUAGGUAGUGGUCUUUGCCAUUCUACGGGAAAGUGAGGCUGAGCUAGGGUUAGGUGCUCUCUUCUCCUCCAUGACUAUACAGUGGUACCUUGGAAGUCGAACGGAAUCCUUUUGACUCGCAAGGCGUUCGGGAUCCAAGGUACGACUGUAUUAGCUCCCCCGCUGUGCUGUUUCUUGCAGGGAAUGUAUGCUGGUCUUUUUCCGCUUUGGGGGGGGCUCUUGUCUGCCCGAUCUAGGGGUUCUUUGCAGGAGGUUGAUCCCUGUAACAACCCUAUCUGCUUGCUUGACAGGAUCUGACUUGGUCUCCUUUUGCCCACUCACUGGCUUUUAUCUAUUGUCCUUCCUUCCUUGCUUGCUUCAGCUCAUCUCUCAAGAUGAGGCUGACCGACGUGGGAAGGUCUAUGACAAGUACAUGUCCAGCUUCCUCUUCAACCUCAAUAACGGUAACUGACCGCGUCGGAUCAGUGACACAAUCCUGAGUAACGGAAGGGGAAGGGGAUGGGGGGAAGCAGUUCGCAUGGUAGUGGCAAUGGGGGAACCCCUCCCCCCCAAAAAACCCAGCCCUUCUGCUUGGUUUGGAGAGAGGCAAUUCAGCUUUCUCAAUAGGUCCCAGUAGCGUCUGUGGUCUCUUUAGCUCUGCUUUUCUUCCCCGGACAGAUUUCGUUGUUGACGCCACCCGGAAAGGCAACAAAAUCCGGUUUGCAAACCACUCUGUCAACCCCAACUGUUACGCCAAAGGUAAGAUGGGUGGCUCAGCGACUGUUCUGUGGGAGCAGAAUAGCCCCUUGUUGUCUUUCUCAUCCCCCCACCCCCAUAAAUAAAUAAAGCAGACAUGGUAGGGAAUGCAUUUUUAAAUAAUCAGGUCAGAUAAAGAGGACCACAGCAAAGCGGUUCUGUAGUCAAAACCCCCAGAAAUGUGGCUGCAGGUUUUUGAAAGUAGAAAUCUUUGGUAGAAUCGGUUUUCCUGGAAGGGGGAGCUUUUGAGCACAGAUAAUAAUAAUAAUAAUAAUAAUAAUAAUAAUAAUAAUAAUAAAUUUUUAUUUAUACCCCGCCCUUUCCAGUUCGAAAACCGGGCUCAGGGCGGCUAACAACAAAUUUAAAACACUUAAUUAUAAAAGCAACAUAAAAUACAGUAUAAAAACAUGAAUAACAAUAAAAUUCAAAAAUCAAUUUAGGGGAAAUAAGUAUUAGAUAAUCCCCAGGGCUAGCUGGCUGAAUUGGUCCUACUUGAGCCAGCGAGGAGGCCAGGGGAGAAUUAGCUGUGGGGUCUCAGAGCGGGUGAUCUUCAUAAAAGGGGAGGGGGAGGGAAGGGAAGGGAAAUAAAAGAUCAGGCUGAAUUCAAAUUAAAGGCCAGGCAGAAUAGCUCUGUCUUACAGACCCGACGGAAGAAGGUUAAAUCCUGAAGGGCCCUAGUCUCAUGGGACAGAGCAUUCCAUCAGGUCAGAGCCAUCACUGAAAAGGCCCUGGUGGAGGAUAGUCUGACUUCCUUAGGGCCUGGGACCUCUAAACUAUGGUUGUUCAUGGACCUUAAGGUCCUCUGCGGGGCAUACCAGGAGAGGCGGUCCCGUAGAUACGAGGGCCCUAUCAGGGGUUCUGGGAAAAAAGGGAGUAACAUCCUGCAGCUGUGGGGGAGAAACAAGAAGUUUAGAUGGGAUGAAGGCUCAGUGUCUCAAAGCCCUAAUCCAGAAACUGCUGGAAGCCAGAUUCACUUCACUGAGUGCCUCUUGCAAAAUCCAGAAUGCCAAAAAGAGAAUGAUAGCUGUUGGCCGUCUAAUGAAUAUAAGAAAUAGAUCCUAGCAUUCAGUAAAAGCUUUUGGGUUUCUAGUCUUCGCAAAUAAAAUGGGGGGGUGGUGGUUUGGAUUAACCAGUUACUGUUGUCUAUGCCAGUUUGAUGCUUAUGUGCAAAAGUAGAUUCUGGCUGUGAAGAUACCAUCUGGAACCUUCAUCCCAAGUUUUGCUGUGUCUUAGCAAGUACCUUGAACUUGGGACCACGUAUGUGGAUGGUUGGUGGGCGGCCGGGACCCUGAGGAGCUGGUGGGGGAGGGAGGGAGGAGCGAUUGUCCUACAUUGAUGUGGCCUUGCAACUGACGCGCUCCCUCUCUUGCUCUGACUCAGUGGUCAUGGUGAACGGGGACCACCGCAUUGGGAUCUUUGCCAAGAGAGCAAUCCAGGCCGGUGAAGAACUCUUUUUCGAUUACAGGUGAGAGUGCGUGCGACAGGGAAGGCGCGCAAGCUUUUUAGCUCCGGGGGGUUCUGAGAAGUUGCGGAGGAAAGUCCACGUUGCUUUCUCUUCUCCGCAGGUACAGCCAGGCAGACGCGCUCAAAUACGUUGGCAUAGAAAGAGAAGGCGAAAUAAUCUAGCCGUGUUCCCAGCAAGCAUCGCCACACCCUAUCCAUGCUGCUUCCCUUGUUGCUGUGUGUGUCGUGAGCGCUUCAUUCCAUCCAGGUCCCUCUUCAGAGAAGGAAAGGAGGAGCAGGAGAGGCCCACAAACGUCCUACAGAAGUGAGAUUCUGACUUCCAAGGCCUGAGCUGGGGAGCACUUCUCAGUUACCGUCGGAGGAAAAUUCAGAGGUGCUGAAAAGGCGUUUGAGCCCUGCCCCGUGCAGAAUGAACCUGGGGUUGGGACGCUGGGCUUUGUGGGCUCUGUUGGUCUUUUGCGGGGAAGCCUGGUUUGAGCUGCAGGAAGUAUUAUUUUCCUCUGGCUGCCCCCUCCCUUCUCUGCAGGCAAGAGCAACACAAGCGAGAACCCCACCUGCAGGGAAGGAUGGGCCGUGAAGUGCUAAGCACAGGAGGUCAUUGGAGCAAGGAAUUUGUAUAGGCUAAGGAGCUGUAGUUAAAAGCAAGGAGCAUGGGCACAUAGAGAUGUGGGCAGAAAGGUGAGGAGGAGUGUUUGGGGCAGGUAAAGUGGGUCAGUAAGAUGCGGCAGAGGGUUGUAGGAGGCGUCAGGGCAUGGGAGACAAGGCGCAGACGCCAUCGGCUCUGGUUUGGGUCUCCCAUGGUGGUGAUUUGACCUCUUUUGUUGGUUGCAUUAGGGCGUAAUGGGGCUUCUCCUCCCUGGUCAUAAUCGGAUCUCUUCCAUCCCGUCAGUAUGUGGUAGAUAUUGGGAGACGGGAAGUACAAAGCGUUCUCAGAGUCCAGAGGAAGCCCCGGUUGUUUUCAGUCCUGCGAGGCUGAACCAAGAGUCCCUGCCGGUAGCGACAAAGCAACUGCACAGAAUGGUGCUGCAGCUGCGCUGCCCAAGACCCGCUGUUUUUGAGAAAUGACUCUGUGGCUGCAAUCCUGCAGGAUUAAUUCCCCCAGAGUCUCGUGAGCAAUUCUCGCGUCGCCUCUGAAGCAAGGAAGUUGCUUAUUCAUCAUCUGUCCUCUCCCAAGCCCUCCAGCAGAAUCUCAGGCCCUGCAGCACUGGCAACACUCCUCAUUUGCUGAGUUCACGUUUUUGGUCAGACUCUACCCCUUUAAGCUUUUAAAUAAAUGAAUGAAUAAAUAAAUAAAUCAGCACCUUUGAAGCUGCAGGAGGUUUCAUGCAAGGGAUGUUUGGUGGUACAUGUCCCAGCUAGAAUGAAACCUUACGAAAUGCUGUUUCAGGGAUGGUGUCGGGACUACAACUCCCAUCUGCCCCUUCCAGCGUGACCAGGGAUGAUGGGAUGUGUAGUCUGUUCCUGACCAAAUUCCUCUCCCUCAGAAAUCAGGAUUUCCCCCCGCCUAUCGAUGUACAAAACAAACAAGUUAGCAUGCACUUUAGAAUAAUUUGCUCCACCAAGGGUAGGCCGCGGAGAGCUGGGCUCUCCGUGAGCUGUCGAGGGUGGAAAGCUGAGUCGAUGGCGUGAAUUACUGUAAGGGCUGAAUCCUCAUCAGCUCCGGCAGUAAUAAUAGCCAGCUUUUCCUGCUGUUGAGGUUAUUUGCAGGCACCAGCAGAAGACGAGAUGUUCUUCUCAAAGUUUGGCAUAGCAGCUGCUGCGUGUGACAGUCUUGUCCAUUUAGAGCUGGCGAAAGACGUUUUACACUAUGGGGCUGGGUUUCGUAUUAGUAGUAUGCAGAGCUUUUGAAUUCUACAUGAUUAUCUCCUGGAGCAUCAGGGAGCGGUUUCUUACUACCUGCAAAGAGCAACAUUUGGCCUAGUCUGAAGGAUUUUCAGCCAUUUCAGAUCAAGAGAGCUGCCUAAUUGUAGAAGCUCCUGCAUUUAUCCCAAGUCGAACACUCUUUGAAAGGGUUCAUUGACCAAAUCCCUUUUCCUGCCUGUCCCUUGGCCUACAUUUGACAUGUAGAGUAAUACCAUGGAUAGUGUCUAAACAUGCGUAGAGUGCGUUUUCUCCCGUAUAGCUAUAACCUUCCCUCUGUCAUCUGGGAUCAGGGCUUUCCAGGCAGGGGGGCUGCGAUUGCUGGACAGCCUAGACUUCCCAAAUCUUUCUCGGAAAUUAAUCACAGAAAGAACUAAGCAGCAGUGACUGCGCCCCUUUCCCUGUUGCUCAUUGUUCCCCAGCACCUGAAUACUCGUGGUGGCGGGGAAACAAGGACACCUAUCACACACAUAGUCGCUCAAACCAUUUUACUCUGCUUCCCAACAUGGAUAUUGAUUCUGUUGUGACAAAAGGAGGUCCAGUAGUUGCCAGCUUGCAGUCCUCCUCCUCUCCCUGGCUGUCGCUCAUACAGGGCCCUCCACAGCAGCCCUUACCUGUAAAAAUGCGAAGAAACAGACUAGUCCAAUUGUGAUGGGAGCUUUCUAGGGCAGCAGCCUGCUUCUGAGGCUGCGCACUGGAUGCCGAAGUUAAUAAAAGAACUCCCACUCUUCGAUGCAUUAAAUCAGGGUUUCCCAAGCUUGGGUCUCCAGCUGUUUUUGGACUACAACUCCCAUCAUCCCUAGCUAUCAGGACCAGCGGUCAGGGAUGAUGGGAAUUGUAGUCCCAAAACAGCUGGAGGGCCAGGUUUGGGAAACACUGUGUUAAAUGCUGCCUAAAGCCAUGAAGGAGGCUAGCGUUCGGAUUGCUAUCGGCAUAGCAGCAAGUCAUUUUUGGUAGCAGGGAAGGUGGAAUUGGAGUGUGAGAUUAGCUAUGGGGUUGUAGCUAAAUAAAAUAGAUGCAAAUGCACUUUCCCACCUCAGCUACCUCUGCACCCAACUUUAGAUUAAGGAGAAUAUGGUUCCUGGGGCAGACUGCAGUGGGAAGGUCUGCAACUCUCUGAUUUGACCAAUGGCUUGAAGUGCCAAACUGAGCUGCUGCCUUUCUGAAAGGAGCUAUCCAGUGCUGAACCAGCAAUUGGUUUUAAGGUGAUGCAAGUUUUAAUACUUUGCUAGGGGCUGGCUGGGCCUUUAGUAACAGGCGCUUCAUCUGCUCAUCUCCGUUGCAAAAGUACCUUAACCCAUAAAAAGGCAUUGUUUGUGCAGCUGUUUGGGUGUUUGGACCUCACAUCCAUAGUGCAUUCUGUUCCCUCUUAUAAUGCAAGCCUGUAUCGCUUGACACUUUCGAGGCACGGCACAGAGGUUGGCCGGGGCAGAGGCCUCCAGUCCCCUCCCAGAACAUUUAUAGAGUGGUAACAAGAGCAGGUUUAGCAUUGUGGACUUGUGGACUUGUAUGCUUACUUCCACCCCCCACCCACAACACAACACACACCAAAAGGAAGUUUAAUGGAACUGCUCUUGUGUUGCAGAAAUGGUGGCGGGGCAGAGCAGUUUCUCUCAAAGCCACUCUUGUCUUGGCUUCUUCCUCCCAACUCCUCUGGCUGCUUGUGUCUCUGUGCUUUGCUGCUGGCAACUUAUGUGCACUUUAUAUAUUAUGGCUUGUAAGAGUUUUGUCUUAAUAAAGUUGUAGUGACUGCUGA